CAAAACCCAAGCUCAACAACGCGAACGAGGUACGGACAGCAACUCAUCUACGCCCUCACGACCAUGUUUAAAAAGAAACCAAAUAUCAAACCCUUGUCCCCGCUCAAGUCUUCCGACCGACGGCGCACGUCAGAUUCGAUCAUCGCGGACUUCGGUAUCGAGGUCCCGGUUGAUACAAAUACAGGCCAGGAGGAUAAAGCAGCUUCCACGGCAGGUCUUACAGCUCUGAGGAAGUCGCUCCUCCCCGAAAACGCACUUUCGGCUCGGUUCACGACUACGGCUGGGCCUAAUUUGAAACAAGUAUCAGGGACCGUGUAUGUGGGCAGUCAUGAGGGAACCCACGGCGAGCAGAGGAUACUGUGGGUCAAAGUGGGGGAGAACAUGUACCCCACCGUCUACACUCUCUGGCACAACCCCCAAAUUGUUCCCCUCCUUUAUACCCCACUCACCGUAGUGGAGAAGCUACAAGGUGGAGCAGAUCUCAUGACUCCAGGCCUGCAGCGUGGCCCUCCCUUUCCAAAGAAAGCUACUAUGGGCGCCAUCGUUGCUAUCGCGAGUCUCGAGUCACCGACGAUACCCAUGGCAGUAGGGACAUGCGAGAUUGAUGUGAGCUCGUUAGGGAAAGUACAAGGGAUCAAAGGGCAUGCGGUCCAGACGUUUCAUUGGGCAGGCGAUGAGCUAUGGUCGUGGAGCACCACAGGCAAGCCAGGCACGAACCCACCAGAUUUUCUCGGUGGAUGGGAUGACCAAGGAAGAGAGGCCGACACUAGUGUAGAAUCUGCAACCGAAGCACUGAAUCUAGGUGGCGAUCAAGACGAUGGUGGAGUGUCACUCGACGCUAAUUACACAGAGCGAUCAGGGGCAGAGAAGGCACAAGGUCUUGAAGGUGAAGAUGUGCCCAGCAAUAAGGAUUUCGUUGAAGAAGUGGAAGACAAGGAACUGACUACUAAAGAAAUUGAUGACGCUUUCAAGAAUGCUUUUCUCUACGGCGUCCGCCACCACAUUGAUCAUAACAAAGACCAGCCGAAUUAUGGCCUCGAUCUUCCUCUGUCGCAAUCAAAGGUCAUGUCUCUCCUUGUCCAACCCUUUCUUCCUACCUAUACACCGGCGCGGACCGCGUCGUUGCAGAUAAAGAAGACAAGCUGGAAGUCGCUGAAGAAAUUCCUUAAGUACCUGGAUAAGCAGCAGAUUGUGAAGUCCAAGGACAGGGACGGAAAUGAGGUUGUGAUAUUAGACAUCAACUUCGAAGAUUGCCAGGUGACCGACUUCGUUCCAUAUCGACUUCCGAAGAAGGACUCCCCAAUAUCGUCAGGCACGAACGGCAAAUCAGCGGCAACACUGUCUUCAGAGCAUGCUGUCGGGCAAAAGCUCAAACUUGUCUCCCUUCUCCGACCUAAAGAUAAGCUAGCACCUAUAUUCAACUCUCCGAAGGCCGAUCCCCGAGGUCUCUACACGGUAGUAGAGCUGAAGCAGAUUCUGACAGCCUACAUCGAGGCCGAAAACCUGGUCUCCCCAAAGAACAAGCGCCUCAUUACCAUCAACCCACAGAUCGCUAGCUCGCUGCUUGGAUCCUCAGCCGCCGAUAAUGCAGCACUAUCAGUAGGUGCGAUCACGCGUGAUGCUCUAGCCGAGCGGCUUGUCGCAGCUUGCUCUCCUUUCCAUUAUAUACUUCGUAACGACGCCGAUGUCGCCGACUCGAAGCCUAAAGCCGGCGCUCCACCGAAGAUCCAAAUCUCCCUCGAGACUCGAAGCGGGAACAAAACUGUCACGAAGAUCAGCGGCCUCGAAACAUAUUACAUAGCGCCACAGCCCUUGGCCGACGAGCUGAGGAAGAUGUGUGCAGGAAGCACAAGUGUGGAUCGGUUGGCCGGAAGUAGUCCAAAAAAUCCAGUCAUGGAGGUCAUGGUGCAGGGUCCGCAGAAGGAUGCAGUGAUCAAGGCAUUGGAGAAGAGGGGGGUGAAUAGGAACUGGGUGGAAGUAGUCGACAAGACGAAAGGGAAAAAGAAGGGCUGAAAAAUAUCACGGCUGCAAGGCUGUACUUAGAAUUAUAUAAGGACGCGCUUGACUCCGCGAUAUAGCAAGGCAAUGUCAGGUUUCAUAUGAUAGCUUGUCACGGGAAACCGCGGUCCUGCGGUACCGUAUUAUUCGAUCUAU